UCAUACAGACUGUCUAAAAACUGUAGCAUGGAUGUCCUUGGCCCAUUCUGGGAAAGCUGUAAAACUGACCAUUGCCUGGUCAAUUCGACAGAACUAGACUGUGAGAAUAUAGCAGCAGCUGCUGAGGCAUGUAGAGAUAACACAUGUGUUGUCUGGAGGCCUUCAACACCUGAAUGUCCUUUUAAGUGCAAAGCACCUAAGGUUUAUAAGCCUUGUGAAAUGAAGGAAGAUGAUUAUUGUGAGAACAAUCAAGUGAAAGAAGGGCUGAGGUUAGCCUCUUAUGAAGAAGGCUGCUUUUGUCCACAUGGAAUGAAGCUAUCGGAAAACAGAACCGAAUGUGUUUCUACAUGUUGCCUGGACAAUGAUGGGAAAAGGAGAAAUGAGGGUGAAUGGUGGGUUGAUCCCAACGACAAUUGUGUUUUCUACACAUGUUCUGAAACUGGAGUUCAAAAAAGUACAAUAACUUGUUCCAAACAGUCUGUUUGCAAAGAGUCUGAGAAAGUGUGGGAUCAAUAUAAAUGCUGCUAUUCAUGUGGGUCAGAAGUUCGCACCUGCAAAAUGCUGAACCGCACAGAACAUGUCACGAAAACCGUGGAUAAUCGUCAAUGCUCAGCAGAAGUCAGCUUCAACAUAUGUGAAGGCAAUUGUUUUACAUCAUCUCACUUUAACACCACAUCAGGCAACAUUGAGCGCAACUGUAUGUGUUGCCAAGAAAAAGAGUUUGAUGUAAGGACAGUGGACCUUGACUGUGGGAAUGGAAAGACUACAAAAUAUACAUACAAAUACAUCAAGUCAUGUGACUGCAGUAAUAAUAUCUGUAUAUUUACACAAGGCAGCAAUCUCAAAUGAGUGAACUGAAUCUUGAACUUUCAAGUUAUAAUUCAAUUUACAACUAACUUUUGAAAAUAAGUUUUAAAUCAUUUCUUUUCAUUAAAUAGCACAGAAGAGCAAAUAAGAUGUAAUGAGAAAGAAGUAACAUCUAGCUACUAUUCAAAUUAGGAUACAGUGAUCCUUUGUUGUAUAAACUUGUCUAUGUUUUCAAAAUUACCUACAACUAUCAAUAAAUAACUG